AUGCCGGUAAAUCAAAGCGUCAAAAAUGCUCUGACAUUGAUCAAAAAUGACCCUUCGAAAGUGCUGGGCUUGAAGGUUGGCACACAUGAAAUCAACCCCGGACAAUAUGUCCCCAAAGCUGAUGCCCAGUCCGCCCCAGAGCUGUCCUUCCCAGCGGUGUCCCCGAAUGGCAUCUAUAUGGUUGUUGGCUUAGAUAUUGACGCGCCAUUUCCAUCUUUCGACGUUCUGGGCCCUAUCUUGCACUGGAUUCAACCGGAUCUCCGACCUACUCGCUCCCAGAACGGUACUUUCGCUCUGAAGACCACUGCCCCGUUUGUGGCCAACUAUAUUGGCCCUGCGCCGCCACCCCCAAGCUCGCCUCAUCGAUACAUCUUUUUUCUCUACGAACAGCCCGCCAACUUUGAAGGCAAAAAGUACGCCCCUCCUAAUGGGCAAAACCUCAGUAACUGGAAUCGCAUGCGAUAUGACCUUGAUGCGUGGGAGAAGAAGAUCGGGUUGCGUGCCCCGAUUGCGGCCAAUUAUUUCGAGAGCAACUAA